UUUGCCCAUCAUAACGAACUUAGCUCUUUUCAUUAAAAAAAAAAAAAUGCUGUUGAAACGGUUCAAUUUUGUAAAGAGAAUUUUUUUGAAAGCGAUGGAGGGAGCGGCCGUUGAAACGGUUCAAUUUUCUGGCCUGCUAAAACAACUAAACAAGCAUGAGCCAAACAAAGCCUUAGAUUUAAUAACAUUAGCAUUACAGGUGUUGUACUAAGCACUAAUAUAGUUGUACCUUGAAACUGAAAGUGACAGUAACUAACAAAUAGUACUUGUCAGUUUCUCUUUUGUCUUGUUUCUAUUCCCUCCUUUUCUCUCCAUUUGCUGCCUAGUGUAACCUUCACCAAUUUUCUCUCUUUCUUUUUUUUUUUCCUUUUCUUUUGUUGUUUCCUUUGUUUUCAUUUCUAUCCAAAUAUGGCCUUUGAGUUUUUAUAUCAUGAGCAUCUCAGUUUUUUUGGCUUCUUUCUAGGAAAAUUCUAUACCUUUUUGUUUGUUUUCCUUAAUCCAACAUGCACAUUAGGAAAAUAAAAGAAAAUCAGUGAUUCUUGGUGGGUUUUAUGUGUUUUUGUUGUUUGGUUUAUGGGGUCUCUUGAUGGAACAUAAAACAAGCUAAAAGGUACUUCCUUUUUCACUAUUGUUGAAUAAGGUUUGCUCAUAUUUGUGUUUCUUGAUCAUGUUCUUGGUAGGUUUUAUGUGUUUUUCUUGUUUGGUUUAUGGGGUCUCUUGAUGGAACAUAAAACAAGCUGAAAGGUACUUCCUUUUCCACUGCUGUUCUUUAAGGUUUGCUCAUAUUUGUGUUUCUUGAUCAUGUUCUUGGUAGGUUUUAUGUGUUUUUCUUGUUUGGUUUAUGGGGUCUCUUGAUGGAACAUAAAACAAGCUGAAAGGUACUUCCUUUUCCACUGCUGUUCUUUAAGGUUUGCUCAUAUUUGUGUUUCUUGAUUAUGUUCUUGGUGGGUUUUAUGUGUUUUUCUUGUUUGGUUUAUGGGGUGGAAGAUAAAACAAGCUGAAUGGUACUUCCUUUUUCACUGUUGUUUUUUAGGAUUGCUCAUAUUUGUGUUUCUUGAUUAUGUUCUUAGUAGGUUUUAUGUGUUUUUGUUGUUUAGUUUAUGGGGUUCUCUUGAUGGAAGAUAAAAAAAAGCUGAAAGGUGAGUUGAUAUUCUAAUCUGAGUGAACAUGGCCAUGUCACUGGAGGACCUCCUUGCAAAAGAAGGAUUCAAUAGCCGGAUGUCAAAAACAAUGCCUAGAACUUCAUUGGGAACAAAAGCAAGAAGCGGACCUAUUUACCGACUUCAAGAACCUCAUACAAAUGUUGCUUCGUCAAGCACAAGAAAGACAGAGAGAAGAAAAUCUGAUAUACCCUGGCAUGACUUAAAAGAUGGAAGGUCAAAGAAGGAAAGUAAGCAUAGAAUGGGCUCUUCCGAUCUACCGUCGGAUGUUAAGAGACUAAGCAUUAGUUCUUCUGAUGAGUUUCUAUCUGCUAAUGCUUCUCAAAACAGUGAGAUAGUUGAGGUUGGGGAGCGAAAUGACUCAAGAUACAAUCGUAUAUACUCAAAUCGAACUUACAGAAGGGAGAGCGGUGAAUCCUUUGGAAAACAUGCACUAGAAACAACAAAAUGUCUCAAUAAUUCUAGUAAAGAAAUUUCAGGACAUCCAAGCUUUAGAGAUAAUUAUCAGAAACAUAUGGAACAGCCCGAGACCUCACAUAGCAGAUCAAGUAGAAGUUCGCUAACCAACAAGAAGUAUGAUGAGACUACAGCUAUUCCUGCUCUUGAUGAAGUUUCUAUUCAGGCAGUAAUCUCUAUCUUAAGCGGGCAUAUAAACUGUUUCCUCCUAGACGAGGAUUUUAGGACAUCGCUUCGUCACAAUAGUUUCGCUUCCUUAAAUUUUGUUGGAUUUGAAGAAGGCUUGAAUACUGAAAGCAAGAUCAUAGCCACUCUUGAACAAGCUAUAGAAACAGUAGAAAGAGCAGCAGAGGAUUGUGCAAAUGAAAAAGAGCUUAAGAAAGCCUCAGUGCAGCUUAGUGUAAUAACAGGAUUGAAUUCGAACGAAUUACGAGAUCGAUUUACGUCUGGAAUUCCCAAUUCUAAAUUGGCAGCUUGUGCUCAUUUGUACCUCAGUGUCAUAUAUAAGAUACAGAAGAAGGACCGUAUUGCUGCAAAGCACUUACUGCAAGUUUUCUCUGAUUCGCCCUUUCAGGCAAGGACUAAUUUGUUGCCGGAUUUGUGGAAUCACAUAUUUCUUCCUCAUCUUUCGCAUUUGAAGGUCUGGUAUAAUUCGGAAGCUAAUUUUCUCGGUGAUCGACAUAAUAAGUCGAGGACACUGAAGCUUGUUGAGAAAUUGUACAACGAAAAUCUGGACAAUGGGACUUAUCAGUUUGCACUUUACUACAAAGAAUGGCUAACUGACGGAGCUGAGAUUCCUUUAGUUCCUUCAAUUCAAAUUCCUUCUAUAUCUGUUCAGCAUGAAGUUUCCUUUAGCAACUCUUGCCACUUAAAUAGUGGCGUUGGCGGUUUCUCACCUCAGCCGGUGGUCAGCAAAAAGUUGUAUGAUGAAGUAUUCCGUCAUUCACAUAAACUAGGAGCGGAAUCAGAAGAGAGCCAGGAAGAAUGCUGUGAAAUUAGUAAGAGGAGGCCCACUAGUUUUGCUGCCGAACAUAUGGCAGCAUUGACAUACUCUGCUGAAGUGAUUAAGUGUAUAGAUCAAGAUAUUGGGUCUGGUGCUACAGUUGAUUCAUAUGGUGCAUCAACCGCUCGGGAUGCAGCGGGGGUAUUUGGAGCGAAUUCUCCAGAAGAAAAAAAUUUCAUGGAAAUAUUUGGAAACUCUGAUAUGAAGGAAACAUCUCCACUAAAGUCCAACAUGCCGGAUUCAUUUGCACCUGCAAAUCUGACCGAAUUCAUAUUCAACAGGAUAACAAAAGCAGCUUCUGAGCAGGAGACCGAGGAGGUAGUGCUUCCUGCUCAAGGAGUCGAUUAUGAAGAUUAUGUCGAAAGACCUUCCAUAAACAUCCCACAAGAAUUUGUCUGCCCUUUGACUGGACUUUUUUUUGAAGAUCCAGUUACCCUAGAGACUGGCCAAACCUUUGAGAGAGCAUCUAUUAUAAGCUGGUUGUUGAAAGGAAAUAGAACAUGCCCCGUAACACGAAGAUUGUUAGAAUGUCAACGCGUGCCCCAUACUAACUUUAUUUUGAAGCGCGUCAUCAACAAUUGGAAGUCAGAACAUUGGAGGCACCUUCUGGCUUAUUUCUCUAAGGUUACCGGUAAUUCAGGGGGACACGGUUGGUUAAAGAACGAAACAGCUGUUUCCAUAUUGGAACAUCUUAUUAUUGCUUUAACUCAGGAUGAAAGAAGGGUAACUCUAGAGCAGCUUAUAUCCGUAGGAAGCUUACAGUUUCUCAUCCAGAGAUUUAACUGUGGAAACGCUAGCGAGAAGAUAUGUGUUUCCGGGUUAUUUUGCUCUUGCAUUGUGGCUGAUACCAAUUGCAGAAAUGUAGUAGCCAGAAAUGUUGAUAAGAUGUGGCUGCUUAAUCUUCUUCAGAAAGAAGAGUUGGAAUCGAGAAGAUUCGCCUUUUUACUCCUGACUGAACUCAUUUGCCUUAACAGGAGAAAAGAUGCAAAGUUCUUCCUAAAAGGCCUUCACAAAGACAACAUUGUCAAAGCGAUGACCGAUUUGCUGAUGUAUCUCCAGGACUGUCCAUGUGAACAGAGAAUCAUGGUUGCUGUGCUGCUUUUGAACUUUGAUCUUCUAGCAGACACAGAUAUGCCCAACACAUACAGAGAUGAUGCGGUUGAUGCUAUGACUAUGGCCUUAGAAAGCAGCUUAUCGGAUGAAAGGAGCAGAGAAAUAUGUUGCAAAGCACUACUUAUUCUGGGAGGGCAUUUUUCGUUCUCCGGUAAGAUUAUGACAGAGGAUUGGAUCCUAAAGCAAGCUGGUUUUCUUGAAGGUUUUGGAGUGGAAUAUCCGGACGAGAAAGAGAACAAUGUGCUGGUUGAUGCAACCGUUAUGAUGAUGGAGGAUGAAGAAGAAGAGGCCAGGGAAAAAUGGUUGUUAAAUGCAUCAGCGUUACUUAUUGGUAGUGGAAAGAAGUCAUUUGUGGAGGCUCUCUCGAAGUGUUUAGGUUCAGGAAACUUGGAAAUGGUCCGAAUCUGUCUAACAACAGUCGCGUGGUUGAGCUCAGCGCUUGCUUCAAUGAACGACUCAGAGUUUGAAAUAUCUGCAUUUUUAGCUAUUAUCAAUCAGCUGAUAGAAUGCUUACAACAUGGUGAUCUGGUUGAACAUAAGGUUUUAGCUUCAAUGUCUCUGCUUAACUUCAGCAAAAUUCAAGAAUGUAGGAUCUUACUGAUGAUGAUAGCAGAAGAUUUUGUUGGUCCUCUAGAAAGCCUUGUUGAAGUUACAUGGACAGCAAAAGAGCUUUAUGCCAUCAUUUCCAGUUGCUAGAGGUGGAUUUUAAACUUUGGUUGCCUGAAAGGAAGUCUUAGCCUUUGGACCAACAGUAAAGUUGUUUCCACACGAGCUACAGGUAAUGGGUUCGAACCGUAAAACCAACCACUGAUGCUUGAGUUUGAGUACACAGCGUAUGUUAACCCCCUUGGGUGCAGCCUUUUCUCCGAACCCCAAUGAACUCGGAAUGUUUCGUGCACUGGACUGCCAUAUUUUUUUGCAUGUAAAGUCAUUUUCGUUUAGCUAUUCGUUUCUUCACAAACAAAGAAAAAGUUACAUUUGUUGAUUGUAAAUCAUGUGAAUAAACAAGAUGAAGGCUUUCAGUCUACCUGUAUUUCAAACUGCUA